AUGCCGUGCGGUAAGAAGACGAUCUUAUGCACAGUUCUUGUUCUUUGUGUUUGCGGUUUCCUCUUGACUUAUGUACGACGGGUAAAAGAGACCACCAUCUUCGUAAUCACUCCAACCUAUUCACGUUCAACUCAACAAGCAGAAUUAGUUCGUCUUUGUACGGUUUUUAAUUUAGCUGGGAAUAUUCACUGGAUUGUAAUUGAGGAUGCAAUGAGAAGCAACAAGGGGUUAAAUGAUUUCUUAAAGUCCUGUGGAAUCCCGUAUACUCUACUGAGCGCUCAAACCCCAUCAAGUAACGGUAGAAACACGAGACAUAAUGUUAGAGGUUCAGCUCAACGAAAUGCUGCCUUAACUUGGCUACGUCAAAAUUAUCGACCUUUUCAAACUAAAGGAGUAGUUUUUUUCGGUGAUGACGAUAAUACUUACCAUCCGCAACUUUUCAAUGAGAUGCGAAGUAUUAAGCGUGGGGGCACAUGGCCAGUCGGUCUAUUAACGAAUUCCCAAUGGGAGGGUUGUAUGACAAGUGUUGCGAACAGAAGAAAGAUUGCAGGCUUCUGGACAAAUUGGAAACCCACUAGAAGAUUCCCAAUCGAUAUGGCCGCUUUCGCCAUCAAUUUAGAUAUUGUAUUGACUCAUCCAAACGCCUUGUUCGAUUAUGAGACAGUUGGAGAACAGGAAGGUUUAAUACUCUCCAAACUGGGGUUCACCAAUGCAUUUGAUUUGGAGCCCAAAGCUGACGGUUGUACAAAACUUUUGGUAUGGCAUACAAGGUCAGUCCAACCCGACACCUCAGUAUCUCCACCUAAAACGGUUGCUAACUUAAUCUGA